AUGUCUCUCUUCGGCUCCGGCUCCGGCUCCGCGACUCCCUCGUCGUCUGGCGACAUCAAGACUGCUCUCCUGCAGCAGGUUCAGCAGGAGGCUGCCAUGUCCAAUGCCCGUGCCUUGAUCGGAAAAAUCAACGAGAAUUGCUUCGACGCCUGCAUCCCCGCCCCCGGCUCCUCCCUUUCGUCCAAGGAGAGCACCUGCCUGUCCAGCUGCAUGGAGAAGUAUAUCAACAUGUGGAACGUCACCAGCCGCACCUACAUGGCCCGCAUGAGCCAGGAGAGCAAGAAGCUGGGCGGUGAUGCGUCUGCUAUUGCCACCAUGGGUACGAUGUAA